UUUGCAUAAUGUAUGCACCUGGGCGGUUGCCAUAGUUACAGCGGGUCAAACCACCAUACAGUCCAGUGGACAGUGUGUCGUCGCAGUUUCUCUGUCUUUUCCAAAAUGUCAGCGGCUCAGAAAGUGGUUUUCGGCAGCUCUCAGGAAAGGAAACUUUUCCCCCUUCAUUACGCUCCAGACCGACUUGGAAUCCAAAUGUCACGACGACAAGCGCCGCAUGUCGGACCCGGUUGUUAUGACAACCACGAGUUUGGGACCAUAGUUUAUAACUUAGAGAAGACUCCUGGAAGUAAGAAAGGAUACAGCCUCUGUGCCAGAACUGCAGCACGAUUUCCACCUGACAGUAAGAGUGUGGUUCCUUCACCAUGGCAGUACCAGCCAGAUCAAAGCACAUCCAGAAUCCCCCUGCCUGGCAAAACACCUUUCAACUCCACCACUCAGAGGUUCAAAAGGACAUCAUGUACAGCUGAGGAAAGCCCAGGCCCUGCCACCUACGAUGUCCAUAAUGUGGUGACAAACAGGAAGGUGAGCUGGCCCAUGCGCUUUGGGAGCCCAGACUGGUCUCGUCUGCCUCAGCUGGACAAAAGAUCAUUUUGGGUGAAGUUAAACAGUGAAAAAGAAUAUCAGAAACUGAGGAGCACCCUGGCCUACCUGAGUUUGUACUACUGACACUGAAGCGGAUGAAUUAAAAACCUAUUCACAACAAUACGAGUCUGUGUUUUUGUAUUAAAAGAUAUGA